CUGGCGAUGCUGGAGACCGCACGCGCGUCCGCUCCCCGGGGAGGGUCAUAAACGAGAUUGGCGUUCCGGGAUCCCGGUGGGAGACCUAAAGUUCUGUCCGCAGGAUCCCCUGGCAUUAACCCCUUUACUCCGCCCGCACACCUGGGCCAGGUGGACUAAGCCGCUCGCUUCUCCCACAGGUCACCAGCAUGUGCCCGACUCCGGCGCCCGACGGUACCCUCUGAUGGAACUCCUCCUGACGGCUACUCGACUUCUGCCGCUGGGUGCAUCGAAGACCCCGCGUCAUGGCCGGGCACAAGAGGCUCAACAUGUCCUACCUGAAGGUGGGCCGACUGGAGGUCAGCUGGAGCGCGCUGCUCAUCUUGAGCUACGUCGUCUACUUGUUUGUGGGGGCCGCCGUCUUCCAGGCUUUGGAGAAACAAGCCGAGAACGACACGCGGAAGCAGUUCCAGGUGGACAAGCUGGUCUUCCUCCGAAAUUACACCUGUCUGGACGUGGAAGCGCUUGAGCGCUUUGUGGAGGUCAUCAUGGACGCCUGGGAGAAGGGAGUGAAUCCCUCUGGAAAUUCCACCAACCCCAGUAACUGGGACUUCUCCAGCUCUUUCUUCUUCGCAGGCACCGUGAUAACCACGAUAGGGUAUGGGAAUUUAUCCCCCAGCACUAUAAGUGGGCAAAUCUUCUGUGUCUUCUAUGCCCUUUUUGGCAUCCCCCUGAACGUGGUAUUCCUCAACCACCUUGGCAAAGUGCUGACUGUCCAUCUGGGCAGGCUGGACCAAAGGAUCCUGACGCUUGUGAAGCACAGGCAGGCCAUCAAGAUCCUGACCAAUUCCAUCUUCCUGAUGUCGGGCACCCUGCUCUUCCUGAUCCUUCCUCCUGUCCUCUUCAGCUUUGUGGAAGGCUGGACCUACGGACAGGGCUUCUAUUACGCCUUCAUAACCCUGAGCACCAUUGGCUUUGGAGACUACGUCAUCGGAACCAACCCCAGAAAUCAGUACAUCUCCAUUUACCGAGGCCUCGCAGCUCUGUGGAUCAUCUUUGGCCUCGCCUGGCUGGCUGUGCUCUUCAACCUGGGGGCCGGCGUGGUGGAGAAGGUCGCUGAGAUGAGGAGGCGCCGGGACAGCAUCGAGGAAGACAAGACAACUGAAGAAGACUUGGACCAGGGUGCCUCCCAGUAUUCCGAUUAUGGGGGCACUGGACUUACUGUCGCCCCUCAGCCGUAGAGCAGGCCGCUGUAUGACCAGCAGUGUAGUCUCAGGGUGGGAAUGAUGGGUGUGAUCUCCAGAUAUGGGACCAGGGAGGACCCCCUCCCCACUGCGUGACGGUGUCUUUGUCAGGGUCCGCGUGAGACAGGACGCCCUUGCUGCCCACUCUCUGCCCAGGUCCUGUUAAUGGCACCUCCAGCAGUGCCCCCCUUAUGGAUGUGGUCACAGAGAAGCCCACCCUUCCCUCACAACUUACCGAGAGUCUGUCAGACUGUGGUUGUCCUCAUCUGAGUACAGAAGGGGGGGGGGCGGCUGGGGGUCCACCUCCUCUGGUCUGUUUGGGGUGACCAUCAUUGUGAAAGGUGCUAUAUACAAUAAAGACCCUC